AGCCAAUUGGAACGACUUUUAGGGUUAGACGUCUUUUCCAGGAAACCAGCAGCAUUUUUCGCAUUUGACAUAUUUUCCAUCGUAACAUACGAAUGUAACCUCAAUUCGGGUUCAGUCUUGUAAGUGGUAGGGGGAUGCUCUCGCUUUCUUCUAUUGUAUAAAGAUAUACAGUCAAAACGACUUGUUUUUUUUCGUAGCAUAGAAGGCUUAUCCUCUUCGGAGCAACUCCUUACUCGGAUCGAACAGUAAGAAGUAGGAAGUGAACCGUACUAAUAAAGAAUGUAAUAAACUGCUGUCAACAGCAAUAAUGUGUUCGUCGGAGGAAAAGAUUGAGCAACGUCCUACAUCGCCAGAAGAGUUGUUAAUGGAGCUAAGGUCAGCGCAUGCACCAUCCCUGAACGGGCGUGCGGGCUGCGAGACGUGGAGCGUUGACUUCUCCCCAGACGGCGAGUGGUUUGCCUGGUCUAUGGGACACGGCAUCGUAUGGCUGGUUGCGUGGCCCAUUGACGCCGGCAAAAAAGGCCAGGACAGACCAGACAAAAAAAUCACCUGUGGCCAAACAGUUUGGGGGCUCGCCUUUGGACCACGCCCACCCAGGGCGGCGUCAUCAAAGGCUAAUGCAGUGCCCAAUGAGAGGCCGUCCAGCCUGCUCCUGGCCACAGGUUUGGAUAACGGGGUGAUCAUGAUUUGGAGCGUUGCAACUGGUCGCCAUCUCUAUGACCUCAAAGGCCAUGAUGGCAUAGCCAGAGAGCUGGUGUUCCCUCCCAACGGAAAGCUGACCCUAAUUUCUUCCUCACGAGACAAAACCCUAAGGAUAUGGGAUCUAAACCACAAAGGUAAGAAGGCCCACGUCCUCUCUGGACACAAAGACUGGAUCAGCAGCUGCUGUGUGUCACCUGACUGCAGCAUGAUCGCAUCCGUCGGCAGGUUUGACAGGAUGGUGUGCCUGUGGAGCCUCAGGUCCUACACUUUCAUCAGGACUCUCAGUGUCUUCUUCAAGACCUUCUUCCUGCUCGUGUCGUGCGACUUCUCCCCGGACGGGGCGCUGCUCGCCACCGCGGCCUUCGGAGGCGCCAGCUGGUGGAUCGACCUGUGGGACCCCUACACCGGAGAGAAGCUGGCCUCGCUGGUGGACGACUGCAUCCACGGGCAGAACCAGAUCUCCGCUCUGCAGUUUUCCCCCGACGGCCUGCACCUGGCUGUCGUCACCGACAGGGCGGUGUGCGUCUGGGAGCUGGGCCAGGAGGACAUGCUGCUGAACACCAAGGGGCAACACGCCACCAACGGACUGUGCUGCAGCUUCCACCCACAAGGAGGGGUCGUCGCCAUGGGGACCCGGGAUGGCCACGUGAGGUUCUGGAAGGUUCCGCUCAAAGUACCCAGCCUGGUCCAUCUCUGCCGCUCUGCCCUGCGCCUCUCCAUCUCUACACAGCAGGUACAGGCACUGCCCAUUCCACGCAGGAUCCUCGAUUACCUCACCUACCGGAACAUUCCCAACGUCUUCAACGAGCCCAUCUGGGACUCCUGAGCAGGAAGAACCUGUAUUCUCGAGAGGCAGACGUUGCCCAGGCUAGUCGGAUGUGUACAUUUUGUGAUUUAUUAUGUUUUAAUUGUCAGGGAGGAGUCUCUAAUGAUGUGACUUAACAGGGUCAGGCGUGAGAAUGUAAAGCUGGAUUUCUGCACUGCUAUUGAUUGUAUUUCAGAGAAUUCUAUUUUUUGUUUGAGAUUUUAUAUGUUCAGAUUUUAUAUUUAUUGUGUAAAUCUAACUACAGAGUAUCUAGUAAAACUACAGAGAUUAUAGGACCAAAAAAAGAAUAAAGUUAUUUAUAAUAUUG